AUGGCCGGCCGCGGUCAACAGUACCUUCUAAAAGCGCCAGGCGUCGACCCGGCCUGGUAUAUCCCAUGGGUCCAAAUUGCUCCAGGCCCCAACUGGAACGUUGCAAAGCCCAGGACGUAUAAAAUUCCCUACUGGGUAGACGCAACCAAGACUGUACUGCCGUUAUGGAUGUUUGACGCCGACGGCGGCCUUCUCGAUAAUUUAGAGUGGGACGAUUGGGGCCAAGGGUACACAGCGGACCCAUAUGAGGUUUCAUGGACCGACGGACCAGGAUCUGGAGGUGGAGGCGGGCGAGGUGGUGGCGGUGGCGGCGGUAGAGGAGGAGGUGGCGGAUGGGGCGGUUUUGAUAGAGGAGGCGGUGGUAGAGGAGGUGGAGGAGAGUAUAGAGGUAGAGGCGGUGAUCGAGGUGGCGGCGAUCGAGGUGGCGGUGGUUAUAGAGGCGGCGGUGGAGAUCGAGGCAGAGCUGAAUACCGAGUUGGAGGUGAUCGGGGUGGAAGAGGGGGCGGCGAUAGAGGCGGUGGAGAUAGAGGAGGUAGAGGAGGUGGUGACAGAGGUGGCCGUGGAGGAGGAGGCGGGGGCGGCAGAGGCGGCAGAGGCCGUGGUGCUCAGUGA